ACAAUACGAUACGUGAAUUGAUUGAUACGCUCUCUGAGUCUCUAUAUCGUAUGUUCCGUCUCUUCACAAACCUCCAGUUGACGUUGACUCGAGCGCGGAGGAACAUCAACUCAUUAAGGGGACGAACGUCAGAGGCCCGACAGGAUUAUCUUAUUUUAGGUUUUUAAAAUCUUCAAACUUUCACAAAAAUGGACUACUUGACAAAGAAAUGGAAGAUGUGGUACAAGUCCCUGGACGUUAAUCAUGAUGGAAAGAUCUCACUGGAAGACGUCGAGGAGUCCCGAAAUAAGUUUACAGAGCUACACCAUCUUCUGGGCGACAAGGCCGACUCUGUUAAAACCGACAUGCAGAACUGGUGGACAACAUACAUCCUGAAUGGAAAAGAUCAAGAAAUUUCCGAAGAGCAAUUUAUUUCCAACCUGACAACUGCUUAUAACAAAGACAAGGCAGCCUUCAAGGAUCAAAUGCAGAAAUGUUUUGACGUUAUGUUUGACGUCAUCGAUACAAACAAAGAUCGCUCCAUCGAACUCAACGAAUUCAUUUUUGCUUUCAAGGCGUUCGGUCAUGAGAACGAAGAACUUGUAACAAAGGCCUUUAAACUUUUCAAUAAUGAAUUGGUGCCCCUCCGGGAUAUUGUUACUGCCUGGGUCCAAUUUGUCACCGAGGAGGACAGCUCGAAACGUGACGUCGUGCGCGAGGCAUUUGAAUCCGGAGUUUAAGCUAGAGAUAUGACGUAAUAAAUGACGUAAUAACAUUUACCUCCUACUCCCUGUUGUAGUUCAGAGAAUUAUCAGGCCAAAUCAGAAUCAGAAUCUGUCCAUCCGCAAGAAAGGGGUUCCUGUCUUAACUUACUCAAACACUCAGCUGAGUUUAAUCGAGUGAUCUGACGUCAUGACGAUAAAGAAAUUGGUCGACCGAUCUAACAUUUGUCUUUUUACCACUUUUUUCCUGAUAUUUUUGUUAUUUACCAUGAGUUAUUUUAAUAAAUAUACGUGUUUUCCUAA